CAGAGGUGAACGCGGGAGAGCUGGAGGACCAAACCCUUCGCCCAUGGGCGGGAGAGCCUGGAGAAAGGAAUCUUCGUUCGCUUGAGUCGGGUCCUUAAGCGGGACCUGUGCGACAGCCGACAGCCGCGCCCGGCGAGGAGUCCAGGCCUCUACAUGUUGUGCUGGGGAAUGAAGCCUGCGACUUGGACUCCAUGGUGUCUGCCCUUGCCCUGGCCUUCUACCUAACAAAGACAUCUGAAGCAGAAGACAUCUUUAUACCAGUUUUAAAUAUAAAGCGCUCUGAGCUUCCUCUCCGAGGGGACAAUGUCUUCUUCCUCCAGGAGGUUAAGAUUGCAGAGUCAGCACUGAUCUUCCGGGAUGAGAUUGACCUCCUUGCCCUGCACCAGGCUGGCCAGCUCACCCUCAUCCUUGUUGACCACCAUAUGUUACCCAAGAGCGACGCAGCCCUGGAGGAGGCAGUAGCCGAGGUGCUGGACCACCGACCAAUCGAGCAGAAAUACUGUCCUCCCUGUCAUGUUUCAGUUGAGCUGGUGGGGUCCUGUGCCACCCUGGUGGCUGAGAGAAUCCUGCAGGGGGCACCAGAGACCUUGGACAGACAAACUGCAGCCCUUCUGCAUGGAACCAUCAUCCUGGACUGUGUCAAUAUGGAUGCCAAAAUUGGAAAGGCAACCCUAAAGGACAACGAAUAUGUGGAAAAACUGGAGGCCCUUUUCCCAGAUCUGCCCAAAAGAAAGGACAUCUUUGAUUCUCUGCAGAAGGCCAAGUUUGAUGUCUCAGGAUUGACCACUGAGCAGAUGCUCAGAAAGGACCAGAAGACUAUCUACAGACAAGGUACCAAGGUGGCAGUCAGUGCAGUCUACAUGGAUUUGGAGGCCUUUCUGCAGCGGUCAGGCCUCCUCUCAGACCUCAGUGCUUUCUGCCAAGAUCACAGCUAUGAUGCCCUGGUUGCCAUGGCGAUCUUUUUCAACACUCACAACGAGCCAGUACGGCAGCUAGCCAUCUUCUGUCCCCACGAGGCACUUCGAAUGACAAUCUGUGGAGUCCUGGAACAGUCCACCUCCCCAGCCCUGAAGCUGACACCCAUCCCGAGCAUCUCUGCUCACCUCCAGGCCUAUCUUCAAGGCAACACCCAGGUCUCUCGAAAGAAGCUGCUGCCUGUGCUGCAGGAAGCGCUCUCUGCAUAUCUCGACUCCAUGAGGACGCCUGCAGGGCAGCUGGAGGCCGCCUUGGGUAUGUCUAGGGAGCAGGCUGACAAGGAGUUGGACAAGGCGAGUAACUCCCUGAUCGCUGGACUGAGUCAAGAUGAUGAAGACCCUCCUCUGCCGCCCACGCCCAUGAACAGCUUGGUGGAUGAGUGCCCCCUGGAUCAGGGGCUGCCUAAGCUCUCUGCCGAGGCUGUCUUUGAGAAGUGCAGUCAGAUCUCACUAUCCCAGUCUACCAGAGCCUGCCCAUCAAAUAAGUGACCAUCGGAGGCGGGGUCGGGGAGUGUGGAGGUGGUAGUGACUGGCCCGCCUCAAAUGCAUGUUUUGAGAUGUUUGACCAUUUUAGCCAACUAUGUCCAUGGCUCCAGGAUCGGGCGUACUGUUCUCAUAAUACUGGGGAGAAAGCAGCUGCUGUGAGGACGGCUUUCUUCCUCUCCUCUCUGUCUCAACCAGGCAGACAAGUUAUAUUUAAUUUUAUUAUUUAAUCUGUACUGAUUUUCCUCUCUCUGUGGGUACAGUCUGAUAGGACCACUGUCCUGGCAGAGAGGGACUAAAGGAAUGUAGACCCCAUCUCAGUGUUUUCACAAGGACCGUGAACAAAGGCAGAAUCUCCAUGAAUUGACCUUUACAAUUUUUUUAAAGUUCUUUUUGAGACAGAGCCUCAUGUAGCCCAAGCUGGCCUUGAGCUCUGUGUGUAUCUGAGGCUAGUCUUGAAUUCCUAAUCCUCCUGAGUGCUGAAAUUGUCACACAACCCUGACUAGUCUGUUGUCUUGAACAGAUGUCUGACUUCAAUAUCUUUGGCUUCUUCUGUCCCACAAUCGUGGGAAACCUGGAGAGAACCUGAGGACCCAGGUUCUUGCCUUCUCCUGACCCAGAGUGGCUAUGGGACCUCAUAGACAUUUUUGCCAAGAGGGUAGAAUUGACUGAGCCCCGGAUAUCCCGUCUUAGUGAGUCUGGCGAGGUCUUGUCUGUCUUUUCUGGUUUUGCUCGUGUUGAAGAACUUGGGGAGUGUCUUCUGGUGAAACAUCUGCUGUCCCCAGUCUCAUUUCCCCAUCAUGACUGAGGGUAGGAGGAGAUGUGCCCUGGCGUUCUGUGAGCUGCGCUCCUCCCAUCCUUUCUCUCCUUUGCUUCCUUGUCAUCUUUCCUUUUGUCUUCCCUGGGAGGGCUCAGGGUCACUGGAUUGUUUCGUGUUUAUAUGUGAUUGUACAAGGAAUUUAGCCUAAUGUAGCAUGUACAGGGUUGUAAUGGUGACCCAGUGGCGAGCUCUCUCCCAGUGACUUGUUCCGCACGUGUAGUCCCCCCCCCCCCUUUUCAAACCAAGCUGUUUCCCCUGUUCUUACCCCAUAUAAGUUACAAACAAUAUCGCUGAGCAGUAAGGUGUGUGGUGGUUUGGGGCAGUCUGACUUCACUUUAGGGUAAGAGGUCUGUAGCCAGUGGGAACAUGAAAUAUUGGUGCGAUCACUGAACCAAAGGGAUUGUGUUCUGUGACUUUGGUACUACUUUGUUUUGCAUUUUUGUUUCAUAUUAAAUACUUUCUUCCUGUUUGAA